AUGUCUAUAAUCUCCAUUCCAGUUAACCGAAUAUUAUUUGCAACAUAUACACCUGUUGCAGCGAUGGUUUUGAUGCUAUGGGACCAUUGCCUGACAUUUGGUGAAGAAGUAGCAACAAUGUGGGGUCCUCCGAACGAGCGCACUCUUACAAAAGUUAUCUACAUACUGAAUCGCUACUUUACGGAAGCAGUAUUGAUAUACCGUCUUUAUGUGACCACUAAACUAGCACAAUCUGCCGAUAGCGAGGCCGUAGUUUGGCUUACUAACAUAUCUGCUGUUAUCAUUGCUAGUAUUUCGCAAUCCGAAUCCCCGAACCUUUGUGCCAUUGAAAGAAUACCUACGACAGUAGCUUGCUCAUUAGGUGUCUUGUUGCUCUUCUAUGUCCUCGUGAUCUUUAUGACCAUAUACAAUGCCCUGGAAAGGCCGCGUCGUUCCGAAAAUGAACUCUUAAAUUCGCUGAAGUGUGACGGCGGCUGUAUCUACGUGUACGCAGUAACAAUCCUUCUUUUCGGCAUCAAUCUGACAGUUAUUUAUAGUGCUAUGGCUGUUACUUCUGGUGUGUUCUGUUACAAUAGAGGUCAUAAGCUCACUUUUCAACUCAGCAUUCAACGGAUGACACGAAACAAAGGCGACAGAGAGGACUUGGAAGCGACGGGAAGCGACGAAACUGCCACGGUCCACAGGAUCAAGAUCAUGAGAGACAGGGGGGGGGGUCCAACGCCUGUAGGUCUAGCCAUAGUCAAGUUUAGCGUGGGCACGCAGAACAUAGUCGUCAUAUCCGAAAGGACUUUGUUGAAAGCAAUGUUCGCGAACCGAAGUAAAUCCCUGGGUGCCAAGAAGGUCCAUGCUCGGAUUUUCCUUGCGUUGGGAAUCCAUUGCGCUCUUGAUGAGCUUGAUGCUCCGCUCCAUGGUCAUUUUCUUCCGUCGCUAGACUACCUCUUUUCGAAGAGGGUUAUAGCGAAAGACAUGAAGCACCCAUUUCAUCGCAGGCUACACGUUCGUUUCCAGAAUCUUGAAAAUAUGACACGCUCUUUUACUCUUUCAGAACUCAUCGCUUACACGAUAUAUGAGCCACUCACCAUCGCGUUCUUUGGACCUUCCUUUCCUCUUAAUACCUACACCGACUAUCAUACUCUCGAUGCUGCCUUAUUAACCCUGAUGGGUCCUCUGUCCUUUACUGCGAGAUCAGGGAUCCGCGCGCGUGAUAGACUUCUAGAUAUCUUCAUGUCAUAUAUUCAAGACAGAGAUAAAGGCGAUGACAAAGAUUUCGAAGGAGAAGCACUAUCGCAUACGCUGAAUUCGGUCCGUAGCGGGUCCCUAUCCAUUAGAGAUCAAGCUGCCUGCCUGCUGGGACUGCACUGGUCCCUUCAUACCAACCUGCAUCGCUCUAUGUUUUGGACGGUCGCAUUCAUUUUGCAAGAUCGCACUGCGUUAGAAUGUCUGCGUGCUGAAAUUCACGAGACGAUCACGAAAAGAUACGGAGGAAGUCUGGAUGCAUUAAUGGAGGAGACUUCUCUACUUCCGGAAUUUCCGCUCACCGACUCGGCCAUCAAAGAAAGUCUUCGGAUGGCCGGACUGUCUAGCUCGCUGAGAGAGGUCGAGUUCGACACAAACAUCACUUCGGGGAAUUCUUCCUUCGUAAUUCGGCGGGGUGAUUAUGUGUUCGGUGAUACCAGGGCGAUUCACGUCGAUGAUUCCGUCUAUCCCGACGCUGCGACCUAUAAAGUUGAUCGGUUUUUAGCAGGAGGGAGGGCGCCGAAUACUCUCACUUGGGGAAGUGGGGAGCACAUUGUGAGGUUAUUGUCUGCCACCGAAAUUCUAUCUGAGACAUUACAGUGCAAGGGAAGAUUUCUAGCCCAAUAUACCAUGAAGCUGUGGUUGAUUAUGCUCCUCGAAAUGUACGAUAUCUCCACCGAAUCUAGCGUCCCGGAAAUGGAUCCAAAAAGCUGGAGCGCCAUCGCGGAUCCUCUUGGUGACAUGAUAGUUUGCCCUCGCCGACGGGAUAACAAGUUUUGGAACAAUGCUUGA